CGAUAAUAUCAGCAUUAACUUCUUCUGUUUGACAGAGAAAAUACUUCAACUCUGUAUUCGCGUAUAUAUUUUUUUUUUAUUUUGUAUGGGAUUGUUUUUCUCUGCAAUGUGAUUGGAAAUUUUGAAACAAAGUGGACAUGAAUAAAUCUAAAGGAAAUCAUUCUGGACGAAACAAAAAUAAUUAUAAAAAACAAAACAAAAGGAAACCAACAGAACAUCAAGAAGAAGGAAUUGAAGAUUGCAUAGAUAAACUAACUCUUGAAGAGGAACAUCUGCAGUUGCCUGAAGAUUAUCGGUAUCAUAUUGAUGUGCCUUUUCCGGUUGCCAUGUGGGAUUUGGGUCAGUGUGAUCCCAAGAAGUGCUCUGGAAGGAAGCUUUCUCGCCUAGGUUUAAUCAAAACUUUACGCUUGGGUCAAAGAUUCAAUGGAAUUAUUUUAAGUCCUAUGGCUAAAAAAUGUGUUGGGCCUCAAGAUAAAGAAAUCAUCAUGGAACAUGGGGCAGCUGUUGUUGAUUGUUCUUGGGCAUGUCUUGAACAAACUCCUUUCUCUAAAAUGAAAGGCAACCACUUACGUCUCUUGCCUUAUUUUGUAGCCACCAACCCUAUUAACUACGGAAAACCAUGCAGCUUAUCAUGUGUAGAAGCUUUAGCUGCAGUCUUUUAUAUUACAGGAUUUAAUGAACUAGCUGAAUCUUACUUGAAACAAUUCAAGUGGGGCCACACCUUUCUGUCGGUAAAUGAAGAACUUUUAUCUUCAUAUGCCUCUUGUUCAUCAUCAGAAGAGAUUUUAUCUAUACAAGCUGCUUAUUUGAGAAAACUUGAUGAAGAGCGCCAUGCUGAUAAAGGUGAAAUCGAUUGGCCAUCUUCUGGUGAUGACUCGGAAGAUGAAGAGGAAGAAGUUACAUAACUUCUAAGAAAUUGUAUAUAUUUCAACUGUAAUAAAUGUAUAUCUUUACAA